GUCUGUCGGUCUGUCAGAGGGUGAGUCAGGGAGUGAGGCAGUGAUCUGUUGUAGUUGUGAGGGUGAGACAGCCUCUCCGCCUCCCCGCUGCGCCGCCAUGACGCACAUCGCUCCACUUGUUACUGUCAUUUUAACAGCAUCACUCCUGAGGUGGACGGCUGCACAAGCCUCCAUCCUCUGCUCCUGGACUAAAGUUUUGCCUGACGGAGAAGUGCACUACAGCUUUCUCCGGCAGGACUCUCCAUCCGCGCGGCUCUACCACAGCGCCUGGUCCGGGGAGCGCGCUCUGCUCGGCUGCUCUUGGAGCGAGGACGCGUCAGUGAUCCAGAACUAUUUGUCUCUGUGCCUGGAGCGCGCGCAGGAGUUUUCCGAUCAUCCGGAUGAAAAUUUCCAUUUGGACUCGCUGUUCGAUGAGGGGGGGCAGCAGUGCGUCUCUGCGGCCGAGCUCGGGUAUCACUCAGGGAAGAGGCCGGUGAGGAGCGCUGGUGGUCUCCUCACGGCCCAGAAUAGUCAAGGUCAAGAUGAAAGGUCAGAGGUCAGGAGCCAUGUGCGCGUGAAGCGCGGUUUUAUUGUACCUGGGACUCUCUGGUGCGGCUCCGGCAACAAGGCGCCAUCAUAUGCAGAUUUAGGGGUUUUUGCAGACACAGACAGCUGCUGCCGGGAACACGACCAGUGCAAACACACCAUCCUGUCCUUCCACUCAGAGUUUGGUGUCUUCAACACCAACAUCUUCACCAUGUCCCACUGUGACUGUGACAACAAGUUUCGUACCUGCCUGAGGGAGGCGAAUGACAGCAUAUCAGAUGUGGUGGGAUACACCUUCUUUAACCUGCUGAAGAUGCACUGCUUUGAGUUCUCCCAUCGACUCCAGUGUACACAGAGAAACUGGUUUGGAAUGUGUAAGGAGACUAAAAUGGCUCUGUAUGCAGAGGUUCAUCCACCCACACUGUACGAGUCUGUGAAUCCAACACAGUCCAGCAUGAACAGCACCAUCUCCAUCAUCAACACCACCAUACCUGCAGAACUCCCAGAGAGCAGCACAUCAGACCCGCAGCUCAUCUCCAUCACCGCUGCUGCAUCCACCUGUCCCUACACCUUUACGAGUUCACCCUCAGCCUCCAUCACUGCCGUUACCGACGUCACUACCUCCACAGUCACAAACACAUCAGAGAGGCCUGCAGCAUCAGUACCCGAGGGUGGAGAUGACCUGGAGAACACUUUACCCACCAGAAACCAAACUGUGACCGAGCAGGACGCAGAUAUCACAGAGAUGCAGCUGUCAUGUGGGGUCUAUAAGGAUCUUGACAAGUGCAGGAACAAGAUCCUUCCUCAGCAGAGGAGAUUUGGCCUCCACAACCCAGAGCCCAGGACGCUGUACCACUGCAACUGUACCAGCAGAUUAUUCCAGACCUUGGCUCAACAGAGACAACUGACCGAAGUACAGGCUCUUCUGCUUGGACACGUGUCUCAGUCUUGCUUCCUGCCACAGGACUGCACAGCAGGAAAAAUUUGUGCAGCAGUUCUGGUGAGAGCAGAUCUCCCUCAGCUGGACUGGAGGAGUGGUGCAGAGGUGGAGGAGCAGCGCCAUCUGCAGGCAGUGAAGCUGAAGGUCAGGAGGCCAAACACAAGGAGAGCGAAAAGAAAAGACCGAGCUGUGAGGCUUCACAAACUGUGUCUCCGGAUGACCCGGCCCAGACGAACAAACAAGACCAGAACACAUGGUCCAAAUACUCCACGGCCUGUUACAGAGACUCAAAGUGUUUGAUAUUAAAUAGAAACAGAAGUAAAUAAUCAUCUGAAUAGUUUAUUCCAGGUCAUUUCUGUUUAAUCACUGUGAGAUGUCUUCUCCCUAAAGUCCAGACUUUACUUAAUGCCACUUUUUAUCUCCAAAAAUGAAUAUCAUUUAUUUAUGCAUCAAGGAAACGCACCAUUCAAAGGAGUAAUAUGUUAAAGUGAGGAUAUUCAUUUACAAUAUGGCCACAAGAUCUUAAAAGAGAAAACAUCUGAUCAGAAUUUAGACAAAGAAGAUUUAAAGAAGCCCCGUAAACAUCUUAUUUAUUUAAUGAUGAACACUUUGGGUCCUCAGUAGAUAUUAUAGUAUUUAUAUUGUUAGACCAGAGAUGGAGUGAAAUCAGAAUAAGAUCAAAGAAAACUUCUCCUAAAGUAUCAUAAACCUUUUUGUGUGUCAGCAGCAGAAAGCUCAGGUGUAACUAAUAGUAAUCAUGACUGCGUUUCAUUCAGUUGUGAGCUGAUCUGCAGGCUGCCUCAGGUGAUUAGUUACACCUGGGCUUUUCCUGCCUUGACAAAUCAAGAUAUCUGCCAUGAAAAAGAUCUGUUGUUUUAUAUCAGUGGCUGUUUUUGCUCAGAAUAUAAAAACAAUCCAGGUCUGCACUAAUUCCCCUACAGGACUGCAGCCCCCGCUGACGACACCGAGGUCACUUUUAUCUGGGGGUUUUAACUCCUCCACAGUUUUUUAAGGACUUUUUCUGAUCUUCUUUGGAGUCAGUAUCUUUAAAUGUAACUGUUUUUAGCUGUAAAGAUGAGGUAAAUUUGAAUUCAACUAAAGGAUUUAGUAUUUUUCCAUCUUUUAAACAUACAGUAGUCAAACAUUUCUAGGCUUCACCAGGGAAAGUCAUACUCCUGACCUCAGUACGUCUAAAAUCAUGGCUGCAGUCCUGCUCCUCAGUCUCUGUUAAUGAGGUUUCAGCACUUGUUGUUGUUGUUGUAAAUAUUUGUACUUUACUGUAAGAGUUGUGGACAGAAAAUGCUAAUUAUGUUGUUAGCGCAGCAAUGAAAAAUGAAAGGCCUCUGUGAUGUAAAUAUCUGUACAUAGGAAACACAUUGUGAAAUAUUUUGUUUAUGACGUGAGGAAAUGACUGAUUAAGGAAUAGUUUGAUGUUUUGGAAACAGGCUCAUAUGUUCUUGAUGGAAGACUUUGUUACCGGUGUCUGUGCUGCAAAUAUGAGGACAGAGUCAGUAGCAGUUAGCUUAGCUUAGCAUAAUGGCUGGAACCAGCAGGAAACAGUUAGCCUGGCUAUGUUUAAAAGUAAAAUAACUGACCUAAUUAACACUUUAUAUGUCAUUUAUCUAAUCUCUACAAACUGAAGUGUAAAAUGUUAUGAAGUUAUGGGUUUACUGAGGUUAUGAGUGGAACUAUUUCUCGGCCGGAGGUAGUGACUUCCCUUCAUUAACUUUCCAGGCAUGAAAGUUAUAAACACAAAAAGCCACAGUUCUCAGUUUUUACUCCUUAGUUUUUUAAAGGAGUAAACAAACCAGAUAUAAUGAGCUAGCUAGUGGGUUUUAAGGUACUGGUGGCUGGGCUUUGUUGUCCUUGGACAGAACCAGGCUAACUGUUUCCCCCUGCUUCCAUUCUUUAUGCUAAGCUAAGCUAACUGCUUCCUGGCUGCAUAUUUAAUGGACAGAUAUGAGAGUGGUAUCAAGUGUUCCAGCUAAAAAACUGACUCAGCAUGUUUCUGAAAAUGUUGAACUAUUUAUUUUAAGUGUAAAAGUUUUUUU